UGCCAACCACCACUAAAACAAAUAAAAAGAAGAAGAAGGGUUCAAUACAUCCAUUGAGAGUUUGUUAAAGGUUUUACUGUGGCGCCACGUGACUUAGUCACAUGAUCAGGACGCAUGUUUAACAAACAGCUGCGGGGUCGCUGACAGUAGUCGGUGUGUGUGUGUGAGGAAGGUGAGGAAGGUGAUCAUGGCUGAAGAUGUGUCAGAGGAGACUCUAACAGGUGGUCUGAGUCUGCUGGUGAACCUGAGCAGAGCUCUGCUGCAGAAAGCCCAGCAGGAUGCUGAAGCCUCUCUGGAGAAUUUCGUCCCGUAUAAAAUCACCACUUUAUUCGGUCUGAUCACAGCCGGAGCAAACUUCUAUAAGAGUCACUGUUUUAUGUUCCUGUUGAGCAGCCUCGGAGUGAAAAAGAAGAGUGAAGCAGAAGCUAUUUGGCAGAAGUCUUAUCACGUCGCGGCGGUUCGAGAGCAGGUGGAGGAGCUCCUGCAGCUGGAGAGUGAGUGGGACUCCUUCCUGGAGAGUGUGGACAGAGGUCUGCAGACGACAGACGGGCAGCUGUCAGGAGUAAAGACGGCAGACAGUCUGAGUCCUGAUACUCAGCUGACUGAUGGACGCAGCGGAGAGAGUGUGAGUCUGGGUCGGUACCUGGAUCAGAGACAGAAGCUGCUGCUGGUUCUCAUCAGACAUUUUGGAUGACUACCGUGACGAGACCACGUCGCCGAGCUGGAGGCCAGUCAGGCUGCGCUGGAGGCUCGGUCGGUGCGGGUCUUGGUGGUUUCCUUCGGCGGCGUGGCGGGGGCUCGGCUGUGGCUGCAGCAGACCGGAUGUACCUUCGACAUGCUGCUGGAUCCACAAAGAAAGGUCUACAGGAGCUUCGGCCUCGGCUCGUCCUACACCAAGGUGAUGAGGUUCGGCUGCCUGCUGCAGUACGGAGAGUACGGAGCCGUGGACAGAGACUUCCCCGACGUCCCUCCUCACCUGCUGGAAGACAUCUAUCAGAUGGGAGGAGACUUUCUGCUGGACGAAGCGGGGAACGUUCUCCUUUCUCACCGGCCUAAAAACCCUCUGGACAGACCGACCGUGCAGCUCAUCCUGCAGGCGGCCGAACCUGCGGGCGGCGCCGACUCUGCGUAGAAACAUCGAUACGUAAAAAAAAACUGCGACAGACGCACUGAGCCCGGGUUACGUCAGGGAUUAGAGAGGUUUCUAUUUUAACAGCACUGACACCACAGAGGAAGAGCGGCUCUUUGACUCACGUUAAUGACGUCACGUCUCACACUCAUGACAUCAUGAAGAGGCGUGACCGAUGCUAAACUGUGCGGAAAAGACGACUGCUCUUCUUUUGUUGUGCCGGUGUUGUAAUGGCAGCAUUUUAAAAUAAAUAGUACAACUGGAAUACAAUGUAAUUCAUUUUUUUUUAAUUUUAUAUUAUAUAAAUGUUUCACUGAUUUGCAAUUGUAACCAGAUCUUGAAUGUUCAGCAUUUAUCAAGGUUUACGUUAAAGGUGUUUCGGUGUCCUCAUGUGUUUAAAUUUAGGUACAAAUGACUUUAUUACUCAUAAAUUAUGUAAUAUGGUGUCAUCACUGCCAACUUCAUGGCUUGUAGAAAUGAUGAGAAGAGAAAUCUUUGCUGCUGCGUCCUCUGUUUUUAAUGCAGGUUGGUUUGUAGACUGUACUUUAGGAUUUUUACAGUACAAAGAUAUUGCUGCUCUGCUAUAGAUUUGAUCUUUGAACCUUUAAAUGCCUUUUUGUUACCGAUCAAGUAGAAGAAGAACAUCGAGUAUCAAAUUGUAAUCGAACAUCUGGUUAGAUUGAUCCUGAUUUAAAUCACAAUUUAGCCAAUUUUUAGACAAAGUUCUUGUACGGUUGCAGGUAUUUAGACAACAUCUAACUGAAUGAAAGAGGAGUCCUUGGAAAAAAAAAGUAAGAUAUCAAAAAGGUAUCAUUUUAUUAUCAGCACCAGUAUCAAAAAAAUCAUCGUUGCAAAUCAUUGUUUUACCCUUUUGAACAUUUUUUUUUCAGAAAAUGAUGCUGUAAACUGUGUCAGUCUUUAGUAAAGAUUUGUGAAAAACAUUUA